UUAGUAUUUAUUAGCUUUGCAUAAUUACCUAAUAAUAUGUUGCGUAAAUAUGUUUGUUGAUUUUAUUUGGAAAAAUAUCGGAAAAUCCUUUUUUGAUAAAUUUUAAUUCAGUUGAAUCAAUCAAGUACGUUAUAGGAUCUAAACCAUAAUAAAUUAUAAAUAAGAUUAAAUUAUUUCUUAUCUUUGUGAAUUGAGUAUAUAUAAAAUGUUUCCUUCACUAUUAUGUUGCUUGGGAAAUAGUUUACAAAAUGCGAGCGCUUAUACUAUUGUUUUGUUUAAUCUUGGCUGUUACAGCCUACAAGCCCAGGCACCAGAGGAUCGUCGGUGGGUCUGUGACCACCAUCGACCGCUAUCCUUACGGUGUUGCUAUGCUCUACUCCAGGACCGGUCUCUCCUUCAACCAAGCAUGUGGUGGAACUAUCAUUAACAACAGAUCCGUCCUGUCUGCUGCUCACUGCUUCUUCCAUGACCCCCCAAGCCGGUGGCGCAUGCGCGUCGGAUCCACAUUCGGAAGCAGCGGCGGUGUGGUGCACAUCACCAACAAUAUCAUAAUGCAUCCACAGUACAAUGAUAAUAAUUUGGACAACGACGUUGCUAUCGUCCGUUCCAACACAGCUUUCGUGUACAACGCGAACGUAGCUCCUGGCAGUAUCGCCAGCUCUAACUACUUCCUUGCUGAUAAUCAGGUCGUUUGGGCAAUUGGAUGGGGAAUGACUUCGGGUACCGGCUCAUCAUCCAAUCAGUUGCGCCAUGUCCAAAUUUGGACCAUAAAUCGGCAAACAUGCAGGGACCGUUGGCGUGAACUCCGUGGUGAAGUCACUGACAAUAUGUUAUGUACUGGCUGGCUGGAUGUUGGUGGUCGUGACCAAUGCGGUGGUGACUCUGGUGGUCCUCUGCUUCACAAUAACGUGGUUGUCGGCGUGUGUUCUUGGGGCCACGAGGAAUGUGCUCAUCCCCGAUACCCAGGGGUCAAUGCCCUCGUUUCCCGCUAUACCAGCUGGAUAACCUCUAAUGCUUGAUUUCGUAUUCUAUCGUUUGGCUGCGUAGAAUCAGUGAAUAUGUAUUAUGGGAAUUAACAGUGUGCUCAGGGUACCAUUUUUUUAUGUAAAUAAAGAAGAA